AUGACUAUCGACAACCAAUAUGAUGUCAUUAUAAUCGGCGCCGGUCCAGCGGGACUUAUGGCAGCCACCUGGCUCUCCCAGACAGGUGUCAAAACUCUGGUUGUUGAAAGACAACCAUUUCGCACCCAAGCCGGGCACGCGGACGGUCUAGAGAGUAGGACAAUUGAGAUCCUAGACAGUUUCGGAAUAGCCAAUGCAGUCUGGUCGGAGUCCAACCCCACCAUUGAAGUCUGUCUGUGGACCGACUCGCACGACGGGAUCCACAGGGAAAGUAUGGCAAUGAACCAUAACCCCGGGCUCUCUAGGUUUCAGGAAUGCACGCUUGGCCAGGGCCGGAUUGAAGAGCAUCUUCUCAAUUUCAUGAAGAACCAUGGGGAUGUGAAGGUUAAAUGGGGCACCGUCCCCACAUCGAUUCAGAUUGACGCAAGCCGUGCCCAAAGCCGGAACGACAACCCGGUUGAGGUUAAAUUAAAACAGUGGCACAGCGAGUGCAAUGGGCCAGAGGCCAAGGGGGAGUCUGUCUUCAGGACAAAGUAUGUCGUAGGUUGCGAUGGUGGCAAGAGUUGGGUCCGGAAGCAUUUCGGCCUCUCGCUGCAAGGAGAGUCGUCAGAUGAAAAUUGGGGGGUGAUUGAUUGCAUCCCUGUUACAGACUUCCGUAAGAGUUCCCAACAGGUCUAG